GGUGUGCUGGAAAAGUGUCAAAGAGAGUGUGAAAAAAGGUGGAAAAAGGGAAGAUAAGAAUUUUCCACAUUGCUUUUGAAAAAUUUAUUUUUUUCACAAGAAAAUUGCUCAUUUUGGUGUGGGAUGCUGAAGUCCGAGAUGCAGCACCAGUACUGGGUGACGAAGAAGACUGUUCAGAGAAAAUUGGGCGGGAAGGAGGAUGAGUGUGUGGUGUCGAGUGACCAGGAAUUGGACACAAAGAUCGACCUGUUUAAGAGUAUCGCCGACAGUUGUACCCAUCUGUAUAGAGUUAUUGAUCUGUACCAGGAGCGGAUGUGCAUCCUGGCGCAGGAGGAGAAUGCCCUGGGGAAGUUCCUCAAGGAGAAUGGGAAGCUAAGUGCCACGUCCAGUAAGGUGAUGAUUAGUGCGGGAAAAGCCAUCUCGUACUGUGGGCAGCAACGGAUGGCCAUCCGGUCGCCCCUUGUGCGUCUCCAUCAUGAAGUUGAGACCUUCCGGGAGCGUGCUAUUGCCGACACCCACGUUACCAUAGCCGUGAUGGAGAAAGAGCGGACAGAGUAUCGAGCUGCAUUGAGCUGGAUGAAGUCAGCAAGUGCUCAGCUGGAUCCCGACAGUGGGAAGGGUUUGGAGAAGUUUCGUCGUGCUCAGAGUCACGUGAGGAUUUCUAAGCAAAAAUUCGAUCGACUCACACUGGAUUGUUUGCAGAAGAUUGAUCUCUUGGCAGCUGCAAGGUGCAAUAUGUUCUCUCACGCCCUCGUGGCUUAUCAAUCGAGUCUCAUUCACUUUGCCACGAAGACAACGGAAACAUUUCGAGCAGCUGCCAAGAUUCUCGACAGUGAGCCCCAUUACACCUUCAACAUCCUCAAGGAGCUCACUCAGGCUGCAAAGGAGGAGCCCCAGGAGGUGGUUUCUGUGGAAGAAGAAGAAGAAGGGGGAAAGCACCCGGAUAAGGAUCGAAUGUUGUUCUUCCAGGAGGACUACAAAGAUGAGAAAAUCCUCCAAGCAGAGGAUGGCAAUGAUGCAAAAGUAGCCACGGGGGGAGAUGGGAACGUUCCUCUGGGUGAGAAUACCCAACUCUUGAUUGAUGGACUUGGGGACAAUGGAGCCAGUGCAACGGAUACUGAUGAUCUCCUGGGGCUCUCAAUGGAUUUUGGGGAUUUUGUCUCCAACACAGCACCGCCUUCAUUUAUGCCGUCUCAGCUUCUUGACAAUCUCUCAGCGCUCAGUGUCGUCGACACACCACCAGCAGAAGCCACCGCGGAUGCCGAUCCCGUGGUCCCCACGAAGACCUCAGCGAUCCUUGAGCUCUUCAGCCGCUCCCGAGCACCCCUAGCACCCACACAGGAUGCCACAAUGCCUUCCGCGAGCUCCAAGCCGCGGGAUACAAAGCCAGCUGGGAAGAGUGCGUGGUUCGAUUUAUUCGCCGAACUCGAUCCUUUCGCCAAUCCUGACAUGCUGGCCAAGCAAAUUGAUGGUGGAUCCAACAGUCAUGCAGCUUAAUUCCCCUUUCUCGCUGUAAUUUUAAUUCCUUUUUGUGACAUACAAUAAAAUAUACCAAAAUUUCCAGACACGA